AUGCUGACCAACAGGAAGAAAGCAAGGAGUAAACAGACUACCGUGAAGAUGUCCCUCAACAGGGGCACAAAGCUGGCAGAGAGCCAGGUCACUCGGAGGACAGCCCUCUCGCUGCUUGGAUUCUGGGCCAUGCUGGCUCCAGUCCAGUGUUCUCAAGGCCAUCCCUCAUGGCGCUACAUCUCCUCGGAGGUGGUGAUACCCAGGAAGGAGCUCCACCACGGCAAGGGCGUUCAGGUGCCAGGAUGGCUCUCCUACAGCCUGUACUUCGGGGGCCAGAGGCACGUUAUGCACACGAAGAGCAAAAACAUCUUUUGGCCUGGACAGCUGCUGCUGCUGACUCAGGACGAGCAAGGCGCCUUGCAGAUGGACUUCCCCUUCAUCCCUUCAGACUGUUACCACCUCGGCUACGUGGAGGGGAUUCCUUUCUCCGUGGUCACUGUGGACACGUGCUAUGGGGGUCUUGAAGGUAUUAUGAAGCUGGAUGACCUUGCCUAUGAAAUAAAACCCCUCAGGUAUUCUAAAACGUUUGAACAUGUGGUUUCUCAGAUAGUGGCAGACGCCGACACAAUGGGACCUGUGCAUAGCCUGAAAGACAGGCAGAAUGGGGACGCCCUGUUCCCUGAAGCUGUGAUUAAACAUGGACCCGCGUCCUUUGACCCACCACUGUAUCGUACAUGCAAUAUGCAUGACAUACUCUUUGUUGGUUACCUAGGCAGACAUCACUUAAUGGUAAGUAUCUUAGCAGCCCGGUACACUGGGAGAAGUUUUGGUCUGUAUUUUGAUUCUGAAGAUUGCACUUGCAUGAGAAGGACCGUCUGCAUUAUGUCACCCUACGCUGCUUUGACAGACGCCUUCAGUGACUGCUCCAUCAUACACUGGCGGAACAUAGUGAAAACUCAAGGCCAUUGUAUAUUUGACACGGUUUGGAAGACAUUUAAUGCAAGCCUGAUAAAUGUACGUUGUGGAAACUCUGUAGUGGAGGGUUCAGAGAGAUGUGACUGUGGCUCCUUAAAGCAGUGUUAUAGCAACACAUGCUGUAACACUGACUGUUCCCUUAAGAGAGGAUCUGUUUGUGAUAAAGAAAUGUGCUGUACAAACUGUACGUACGCUACGCCUGGAACGCUGUGCAGACCAAUCCAAAAUAUAUGUGACCUCCCCGAGUACUGCCCUGGGGGUACUUACCUAUGCCCCCAGAACUUUUAUCUGCAAGAUGGAACCCCCUGUACCGAGGAGGGCUACUGCUAUCAUGGAAACUGCACUGACCGCACCAUGCACUGCCAAGAGAUCUUUGGAAGACACGCUGUGAAUGCCGACGACAGCUGCUAUACAAUAAAUACAAAGGCCACUCGAUUUGGACACUGUUCAAGAAGAGCUCCUCUAAUGACUUUUAACCCUUGUCAGAAUGCAGACAUAAAGUGUGGAAGGCUGCAGUGCGGCAACGUCACACACCUUCCCCGGCUGCCAGACCACGCCUCGUUCCAUCAGUCAAAGAUCUCACAGGUGUGGUGCUGGGGAUUAGACACACACAUAGCAACAGGGAUAAAUGAUGUUGGUCAUGUGAGAAACGGUACCCCCUGUGCCCCUGGGAAGUUCUGUGAGAAUAACUUCUGCAAUGCUUCUAUAGCUGCGAUAACAUAUGACUGUAACCCUGAGAAAUGCAGUUUUAGAGGAAUUUGCAACAACAGAAGGAAUUGCCAUUGCCAUGUAGGCUGGGACCCUCCAUAUUGUGCAGAUAAAGGUGCUGGAGGGAGCCAAGACAGCGGAUCCCCACCAAGAAUGAUGCGGUCAGUAAAACAAAGCCAAGAAUCAGUGGUAUAUUUGAGAGUGGUCUUCGGUCGCAUCUAUGCCUUCAUAGCUGCUCUCCUCUUGGGCGUAGCCACAAAUGUAAAAGUUAUCAAGACCUCCACAGUGCAUGAAGCGACAACAGGUGCAAAAUAA